CCUGCGAGCCCGCGAGUCAGCAAGGCGGCUGCGGCCUCCCCAGCGCGCAGCGACCCGGCGUCCCGGCCUGCGGGCCCGCUGACCCCGGGGCCCGCGCCCCCCGCGGCAGGGAUGCAUCAUGGCCACGCUGGCUUGUCGGGUGCAGUUCUUGGACGACACGGAUCCUUUCAACAGCACCAACUUCCCCGAGCCCAGCCGGCCGCCACUGUUCACGUUCCGCGAGGACCUCGCGCUCGGCACCCAGCUGGCCGGGGUCCAUCGGUUGCUGCGGGCGCCGCACAAGCUGGAUGACUGUGCACUGCAGCUCUCCCACAAUGGCACCUACCUGGACCUGGAGGCCACGCUGGCAGAACAGCGGGAUGAAUUGGAAGGCUUCCAGGAGGACGCUGGGCGGGGCAAGAAACAUAGCAUCAUCCUGAGGACACAGCUGUCAGUGAGGGUCCACGCCUGCAUUGGUGAGUGACACGUGGGGAAAGCACCCCUGCUUUCUUGGUGAUCAAACAUGCAAUGAUGUGCCACUGUUAUACCUGGCUACAGUCAUACCAUCUGCUUGGGUAGCCCUUAUCAUGAGUUCCUGAAGUUCUAGUGGAGCACUUUCUAGCAAUAAUUUUUUUUUU